CAACUAAUCCAAUCAAAUAUUAGAUAAAUGCGAAAAGUGAAAUAAUAAUAGAUACUGUGUGCACUUCCACCCACACAACAAUACAUAACUAAAACGACUAAAAACAAUACACAACGCUUUGAAAUUCUUCAGCAAAAUUUUUACUUAACAAAUAAAAGGCGAGAAAUGCCAAAGUAAAUAAUUCAAUUACAAAAGUGCAAUAAGGCGAAAAAUCAUUAACAUUAGUUGAAAUUGCUGCCACAGUCGUCGCAGCAAUUGCCUCGCUGCCACUGCCCCACCUCCCUUCACCAACGCCUUUGCCUUUGCUUCUGCUGUUGCCUUUUCGCUGUUAGCCUCCCACCUCAUUCAUUUGCCGCCCAUCGCAAACAUCAAUGAAGGAGCGCAUUCGCGUGGCAUUAAGCAAAUAAGUGCAAAACCAUGAUAAAUAACAGAAGCGAAGCAACAAUGAUAGCGAAAGCAAAUGAAACAAGUAUGAAAUCCGCAACAGGCGAAACAUCAACAGUAGCAGCAGCAGCAGCAAAAACCACAACAAUGUCAACGGCUUCAGCAAGUGAAACAGAUGCUACGAUAAUGAAUUGUUGGUUAUGCAAUAAUAGCAACGACGUCGUGCAAAAUGCCAAGCCAAGUCAUGUCAGCAACAACAAAUACCACACAAACAAUAAUCACAGUAACGAAAACAAGCCGGUGGUGGUCACCACCGCUGCACUACGUCCCGCUAUGGUGGCACUCGCAUUUACGUUGCUUUUCUUGAUUAAUAUAUCCUGUGCGGCAUGCACGCGCGAUCGUCUGCACAAGCAGACACAUCUGGAGGCGAAGGUCGGCUCGCAUGUGGUGUUCAAUUGUCUCAUUGACUUUCCGUACGAUGUCCCCAUUGAGUAUUGGGUCAACUGGAGCAAGGAUGUGGCUCGCUCAUAAAAAUACCGCCAGUGAAUCAAACGAUUAUGGAGGGUCAAACAGCUUUCUUCCAUUGUGUAAUGAAAUACCCAGAAACAUCGACCAUUGGCUGGUUCAAAGAUGGCACGCCACUAGAGGAAGUACAGGAUUUGAUACGUCGUUGUCAUACGGGCCCCGAUGGCAGCCUCAGCAUCGAUCCGACUAUGAUGAGCGAUUUAGGUGAAUACGAGUGCCGUGUCAACAAUACAGAGGGCGAGUUUCAAUUUGCCAAAGCAUUCCUUAACAUACAAUAUAAGGCCAAAGUGAUUUAUGCACCACCCGAGGUUUACCUGCCAUUUGGUCAGCCAGCGGUACUUGAUUGUCAUUUUCGCGCCAAUCCGCCAUUGAAAAAUCUGCGCUGGGAAAAAGAUGGAUUACUCUUCGAUUCAUAUAAUGUACCGGGUGUUUUCUACAAAAGCAAUGGCAGUCUGUAUUUCUCCAAAGUGGACGAGAGUACGGCAGGCAGUUAUACAUGCACACCCUACAAUGACCUGGGAACGGAUGGACCAUCGCCCAUAAUUAGUGUAAUUGUGUUGCGACCGCCAAUAUUCAGUAUAACACCGAAACCUAUUUACAUACAAAAGUUGGGCGAAACAGCCGAAUUGCCCUGCGAAGCCAUUGACCGAGACGGAAACAAUCGGCCGACAAUUGUCUGGAGCCGAAAGGAUGGCAGCCUACUACCCGUCGAACGCCACACCGUCAAUGCUGGCAAUUUAGUCAUAACGAAUUUGGUCGAAACAGAUCGGGGUAUGUACGAAUGUUCGGCCACUAAUGAAGCAGCGACCAUAACGGCCGAAACGGAAUUGAUGAUCGAGAAUAUUGCACCGCGCCCACCCUACAAUUUAACGGCGAAUAGCACGGAAACCGCUAUAACGGUACGCUGGCAACCUGGAUACCUGCGUCCCAAUCUAGAAUACACCGUGUGGUACCGUUUCACCGAAUCGCCCGAAUGGCGUACAUUACGUAUUCUUCAGAAGAACGUUAUGGAAGCAACAAUACAAAAUUUGCAGCCAGGGCAUGAAUAUGAAUUAAUGGUGCUCAGUCAGGACAAAUACGGUGAUGGCAUGUUCAGCAAAACUCUACGAUUUUCAACGCAACAUUCGAGCGUAGAAUCGAACGAAGCUAACAUCCUGCAUCAGUCCAAUCCAUUGGCAAGCAGCAUUAGCCCGCCAUGGAAUUUGUCUGCCACCAAUAAUGUACAAGGCUGGCUUCUACAUUGGCAGCAUCCAAAACGCGGCUCCGAAUCUGUACGUCUAUACACCGUACGCUGGUGGAAGGAACCGGAACAUUUUCUCAUCGGCACCAUCGAAACAUUCGACAAUUUCUAUCAGCUACGUCAUCUCAAAGAGGAUGCCAUUUUCAAAAUACAAGUGAUAGCUACAUCAAUCAAUGGCGAGCAAGUGGCCAGCGAUGUGCUGACCAUCGAAGUGCCAUCGCAUCGCAAGACGCGCGCUUUGCUCAUUGGCAGCACGGUUGGUAUUGCCUUCCUGCUGUGCGCGCUGGUCGCUUUCUUGUAUGUGAAGCGUAGCUGCUUGCGGCAUCUGUUAGUCAGUGGCGGUAACGGCGACGAUACCAAGGAUAACGAGAAAAUGAAUAAUACCUGAGUAUAUGAGAUUACUUGGCAAUUCCAUAAGCAGACAGAGAGCGAAAGCCAUUAAAGAAGAAGAAGAAGCAGAAGCCAAAGCCACAGCCACCGGACGCAUUUCCCCCCCCCCCCCCCGUCAUAAACAAAGGCAUUCCAUUGAGAUGAAUCGAGCCGAAAUUGAGUUUCAAAUAUGUUUUUAUUUGAUUAAAAACGGAUAUGUAUUAAUUAAGUUAUAUCGGAAUAUCUAACUGAAAUGAAAAUUUAUAUUAAUGUAAGUGCGAGAUUAGAGAAUAACAUCUAAUUAUGAGCUUGUUUGUAAGUUAUUAAUACUAAAAUUAAAACAAUCGUAUAUUCUAACUGUAAAUUUAAAUGUUAAACUAAUGGUGGUAAAAUUU